AUGGAGGAGAGCGGGGAGGCCUCAGCGGAGGCUUCCGGGGACCGUGCGUCUUCAGACACAAGGCGCCGCUUGCAGCAGCAGCAGCAGCAGAAACAGGCCCAGAGAGGAAGUGCAAAGGACUUUCGUAGCCUCACGGAUGAACGAGCAAAGGCAUUGUUGGAAUACAGGGCACGGUGCACAUCGGCGCGUUUCUGGAUCCAAAGCGAGCUGCUAGAUCUUCGCGUUGGCGGGUGGCCGCCAUGCGCCGGCUGCGCCUUGGGUGACGUUUCUUCUACGAACACCAGAGCAGGCGAUUCCGUUGCUCAUUCAGAUGGCUGCCGGAGCUCUGACCCGGGCGUGGUGGGGGACCUUCCCAACCUUAUCCGACAGCACCUCACUUGCCCUUUACUUUCGCGUUUGCUGCAGCAAGAUCCCAUCCUUAGUGGCAAGUUAGCCACCCUCGAUCGCGUGUUGUGGCAGCGUCGUUCGAAGCACGAGACGCAGACGCCUGGCUGGAUGAGUCACGAGCCUCUGUGCCCUGAUUGUUGCUCAUUUGGAGCUCCCCAAGCGGCUGCAGAUCUCCUCAGUACAGCUGCCGCCCCUGCAGGGACAAACAACCACGACUCCUCCCGCACGAGCACAAUGGACUCGGUUGUCGGGGGAGAAGGAGCGACUGCUGAGGGUGUGCGUCCGUCGAGGACCAUUGAAGAUGAAAGCCGGCCUGUCACUGCCUGGGUAUCUUGCAAGCAAUGUAUGGAGCACUUCGCUUACAUCGUUGCCUCCUUACUGGUAUUCCUCAAGCCUUCAGAGCUCCGGGAUUUGGCGGUGGAGCGGCAAGAGUCGCAGUGCUGUGGCUUUGUGUUCUGCGGCAGGCGGAACAUCUCGACUCCUGAAAAGCGGCGCGCAGCGUUGUGGCGGUGGACACUAGACUUUGGAGGGAGCAAGGCCCUUUCGGAGGAUGAGCUGGUGCAGUUCUGCUGCAGUCGCUGCUGCAACCGCCAGCAGCAGCUGUUGCGUCUUUUGGACGAGGAGCCCAUGUACACUCGGCCGGGAAUAAAGGAGUGGAUUAGUGAUGCUCUGCAGCGGAAGGCCGCCUACCGUCCUCACCCGCACGGCUUGCCUGAGGAAGGCCGGGCUAAGCCAACGGGGGAAACUGACCUGCAGGGGCAGCAACAGCAGCAGCUAGGAGGGGCAAGAAGUUCUGAUCUCGAUAUUCCACGCGCUAUGGGCCUGCGACCAGCUGUAGAUAUGGACGAGUUGCUGGGGGACGAUGCGGGGAGGCUGAUGGAACCUGUGCUGGAGAAACGGCCUUCCUGUGUCUCCUUCUCCACGGAGUCUUCUAGUGCAGAGCUUACCAAGCUGGACGGCAGUCUAGAGUCCGAGGGCUUUAGAGUUCCUCUGACGGUAGACGACGAGAGCAGUGCAGAUGAGGCGCCAACGAAAGCUAGUAACAACGGGGACAGCCGUGGAUCAUGCACAGGUGGGGAGGGGCUCGCAGUGGGGGGUCAUGCUGCUGCUGCCACGUUGGGAACACAGGGUGGGGCAGCUGCGACGAAUAACACCCUCUUGUUGGAGUACAGCUCCCCAUCAAUCGCUAAUCAAGGGCCCAAGGCCUCCAGUCCUGCCAGCCACACAGGGGACUUCGAGCAUUUCGUUGGGACCUGUGUAUGCGGGUCCACAAAGGAAGUGCCUCCGACUAGUCCAAAGAUUGAAAGGGCCUUAACAUCCUCUCCGCCAGGAGGCGCGAGCGUGGGCCUAAGUAGGACGGAUGGGACCGCAGCGGCUGAACGGCACGUGGAGCAGCGGGGGGAACCCAGCUCUGCCAACGCUGGGGAAGAGAAUUCGCAUACCGAGGCCCCGCUGAAGUCUCGUGGGUCCCGCGUUCGGUUUGCAGAUGACGACGAGGAAGAAGGGCUAGACGGAGAUGGUGAUGGGGAGUCGGCGGCUUCUGUCUUCAAGCACUUCUUCAACCUACAUGACGAAGAUGACGGGCCGGGGUUUUAUGCUCGCUUAGACCGGCAGGCAGCAGCAGGUAGUUCACAUGCCGCAGGCAGUCAGACGCGAAACGGUACUGGAGAACUCAGAAGUAUCCUCAAGCCCCCCACUGAGCCUGUGGAGCCAUCCCCUCCCCCUGCUAGCUCCAGUACUGAAGCUCAGAUGGGUUACAUGCGGCUGUCCGACGUAGUAAUUGCAUUCGACCUUUUGUCUUCCUGUUGCACCGACGCGUCGGCGAGAUUCCUUGCUAACUACCACCGUCGGUUCUGCACGUGCUCCUGUGAGGGUGCUGCUCCAGCAUCGGGAGAUACGAAUGCCCAGAAUUCCGACGGCGAUGAGUCCCCUAAGCUUGAGACGGCCUCGGAUGAGGGCGAGACGAGGAAUUUCCACUUGCGCAAAGCGGGGGAAGGGGACGAGUCAGAUAACGUCUCGUGCGUGGACGGGGAGUCAGGGGAUGAUAUUGAGCCGACGGAGUUGUGGAAGAGAAGACAACAGCAGCUGCUCAAGGCCAUCUUGAGGAGCCUGCCACCCGCCGCCGAUAAUUUUACGGCGAGCAUCACGGAGCUAUGCGAAACUCUUCAACCGCUUCAGAGACGCCCUCCGCCCUGCUCUAUCGAGGGCAGAGCUGAGGGAUUCGAAGCUUCGGAUGCAGCAGCGUCGUUUUAUUUCGAUGACGCUCUGACAAUUGCCAGGGAAGAAGACGUAGGACUGGAGUUGGUAGACUUUGUUCGGUCUACUAUUCACAAGUCUGCCCCUUGCCCUGGUCCAGUGCGUCCCGUCGACACGCCCAUAGCAGGGGAGGCAGCGGAGGCACCGAUGCAGCAGUAUGAAGAGAAAGCUAUGCAUAUGCUGCUAGAGUCAAUCUUCUCUCGUAUGACACAGCCGAUCAUGCAAUUACAGGAACCACCUCGUCCGUCUGUCCCGACAGCCCCAUAG